AUGAACAAGGUUAUGGAAGUCCUAGAUGUACCUCCAAUGAGAGUAUACAAAUCAGCAACUUUUUAUACAAUGUGUAAUCAAACAUUAGUUGGAAAAUAUCAUAUUCAAGUCUGCACUACUACUUCUUGCAUGCUCCAAACCUCUGACAGCAUACUGGAAGCCAUUCAGAAAAAGCUUGGGAUCAAGGUUGGGAAAACUACACCUGACAAACUUCUCACUCUGGUGGAAUUUCGAGGGGCCUGUGUAAAUGCAUCUAUGGUUCAAAUUAGUGACAACUACUACGAGAGCUUGACACCUAAGGAUAUUGAAGACAUUACUGAUGAGCUGAAAGCAAUGCCAAAACCUGGGCCAAGUAGCGGACACUUCUCUUGUGAGUCAGCUGGAGGUCUCACCUCUUUGAACCAUUCAAAGAACCUGGCUUUGGUGUACACAUAG